AUACGAUAGGUUUCAUGGGAGUGUCACCUCUUCUUCGAAACAUCCUUAUAGGCAUCCCUAUAGGGGUCACCUUUUUGGAUACUGUUGGGUAUGUUGCUCGCGUAGAGGGAAUAUCGAUGCAACCAGCUUUAAAUCCUGACAAGACGCAAACAGAUUAUGUCUUUUUAAAUCGUUGGUCUAUUCGAAAUUACGAGAUUCAACGGGGUGAUAUUGUAUCUUUUAUUUCUCCAAAGCACCCUAAUCAAAAGCUUAUAAAACGAGUGGUUGGACUUUCUGGUGAUGUUAUAGGCACUUUGGGGUACAAGUCGGAGAUCCUUCAGAUUCCCGAUGGCCACUGCUGGCUAGAAGGAGAUCAUACAGGACAUUCCAUGGACUCUAAUACAUUUGGGCCAAUUUCUCUGGGUCUAAUCACUGCUAAAGCUACCUGUGUAGUGUGGCCACCAAAACGGUGGCAAUAUUUAGAUGCUUCCCUUCCAGACAAUCGAAUGCCAUUGAAUAUUGCAACGAUUCCAGCUACUUCAUAAAAUGCGGGCUGUCAGCUUUGUUAAACGUUUACAGUGGGAUCUUCCUGGUACUGUCUGUAGACAUGGCUUAACGAUAGGUGAUGUAGACAAUGAUGGAGAUAACGAACUCGUGGUCGGUACUGCAGAAGGCGAACUCUACAUAUUCAAAGGAUCGGAACUUUGGCAAAAGAUUAAUGGGUUGGGUCUCAUAACUAGUGUGGCAAUAGGAGAUAUUUUUAAUUAUGGUCGUAAUGCUCUUGUGAUUAUUUGUGGUGAUGGAUGGGCUCAUAUUUUUUAUAGUCCACGGCCUGUCAAUCCUCCACCUAUCAAUUCUAAUGCAAUGGCCGUACAUCAGUCACAAGUUCUUAAAGAAUCCACUAGCCCAGAUAUAAAUCUCAAUACUGGACAAACCAGUGUAGACAUGGGAACAGGUAUGACGAAUUCAAUGAAUUCAGAUCAAUUGGAAAAUUCUAGUGAGACCGGAAACGAGUUCUCAGGGAAAAUGGAAUGUGUCCACGUUCAGAGAAUCCCAACUAAUACCAAAGUCGUACUCAUAGCCGAUGUAGAUGAAGAUGGUGCUAAUGAAAUGAUUCUGGGUUUAACCGAUCGUGUAGUACGUUCCUAUAGAUGGUCUAGCAAUGCAGAAUUAGGCACUGGCAAGUUGGUGGGUCUGAACAAAUGGGAAUGCGCUGAUCAGAUAGGAACAGUGACUUUGCAGGGUUUACGUUAUUUCUUAGCAUAGCCGAGAUGGUACACCGACACUACUGGUGGCUCAGCCAGGUGGCACAUUUAUGAGAAUAAAAUGCAAUGCCGAAGAUUGCCGAGUAGGCGAUGACGACUCGGCAGAGACAAACAGCG